CUUCACUAAGGCUUUGCAAGGCUGAAGCACAAAGAGCGCUUGUUGCCCAGUCCCCGAGAGUCUCCCAGUGCUACCACUAGCUGGGGAGGACUGGUUACCAUGGAGGCUGCCAUCUGUUCGCUCCCCGCUGGAAUGUGAUUAUCCUUGCUGGGUUGGGAACCAGCAAAAGCAGGGGAGCGUGUGCUGUCGGCAAUUAUCUGCAAUGGAGUGCGUUAAUGGAAGGCUGGAAUUAGCUAGCUGGAGGAGCACAUAAAAGGAUUUUACCAAAACUAUUAAUGAUUUCUAGCCAAGAGGAGUAAGCUUUUUGCAAGGCAGCAGCAUCUGUCCAAAGUCCUUAAUAUUGUCUAGAUCUUGUACAGCGAGUGCCACAACCAGGCUAGUUGAGCAGAAUGUACACAAUGAAGCGGCUCAGGGAAUAAAUGGAAGUGUGCCAGUCAAACAGUCCCCACGUUCAGCUUCAAAUCCAAAGCCACAAGUGCCUCCAAAGCCAAUUCAUCUACAGAAGGUGUCACCUGUUACAUACCAAACCCCUAGGCAUAAAGCUUUAUCAAAUCAGAAACCAAGAAUGGAGGAAGAGGCACCCACCCCUGUUUCUAGUGUCGCAAAGGAAAAGUCCAGUAAAGUGUCAGAUCUUAUCAAUCGUUUUGAGGGAGGCAGCCCGUUAAAUCCUAGUGAUUUGAAGAAAGAUUCCUCUGUUCUCCACAUUUCUAAAUCUCAAGGAAGAUAUGGGUCAACACCAUCACCUCAGCCAAAACUCCCCUCCCAGCACCCACUACAAAAACAGGGAAACAGUAAUACCAACAAAACUCAGGUUGUACAGCUACACACAGCCAACGGAGUAGUAGCACAAGACCAGACGGAAGAUGAGGACAGGAGAUUACCAGAUCGUGGCUCCGCUAUAUCCACCCCGGUUCCAGAUAAUGCCAUCAACAGCAGCUUGAUAAAUGGGGAAAAAAAAAGUACUUCCAGAGAGUCAUUGCAAAGUAUGACUGCCUGUGAAGGACAGACGCUUAACAGCUGCUACAGGACUCCAAGCAGUGAUACACUGCUCCCAUCUGAAAAUGAAACUCUAGAAAUUAAUACUAAUGUGAAGGAAGAACCAACUGAGGAAAUGAGUAAGCAAGAUCAACCUGUAGAAACAAAGGAGACAGAUGAACAGAAACGUCACAAAAUUGCCAGUGAACUUCUGCAAACAGAAAAAGCCUACGUUAGCCGACUUGACCUCCUAGAUGGGGUAUUCUAUUCCAGACUCCUUGAGGAAGCCAACAGAGGUUCAUUUCCAGCUGAAGUGAUUAAUAAAAUCUUUUCUAACAUCUCAUCAAUAAAUGCCUUCCACAGUAAAUUCUUACUUCCAGAACUUGAGAAAAGAAUGCAAGAAUGGACUACCACCCCCAGAAUUGGAGAUAUUCUGCAAAAAUUAGCUCCUUUCCUCAAGAUGUAUGGAGAGUAUGUGAAGAAUUUUGAUAAUGCAAUGGAAUUGGUGAAAACGUGGACUGAACGGUCACCUCAAUUCAAAUUCAUUAUUCAAGAUAUUCAGAAGGAAAAAGUGUGUGGAAAUUUGACAUUGCAACAUCACAUGCUAGAACCAGUACAACGCAUUCCACGCUACGAGAUGCUUCUAAAGGACUACCUAAGGAAAUUGCCUCAGGAUUCUCUAGACUGGAAAGAUGCUGAAAAGUCCCUGGAAAUUAUAUCCACUGCAGCAAGUCACUCGAAUAGUGCAAUAAGAAAAAUGGAGAAUCUAAAGAAAUUGUUAGAGAUAUAUGAGAUGCUGGGAGAAGAGGAAGACAUUGUGAACCCUUCAAAUGAACUGAUAAAGGAAGGACAGAUCCUUAAACUCGCUGCUCGCAAUACGUCUGCUCAAGAGCGGUAUCUUUUCCUAUUUAACAAUAUGUUGCUCUACUGCGUCCCCAAAUUCAGCCUGGUAGGAUCAAAGUUCUCAGUUCGAACCAGAGUCGGCAUAGAUGGUAUGAAGAUUAUAGAAACUCAUAAUGAAGAAUAUCCACACACUUUUCAAGUGUCUGGAAAAGAGCGAACACUGGAGUUGCAGGCCAGUUCUGAACAAGAUAAGGAAGAAUGGAUAAAGGCCCUUCAGAAUACUAUAGAAGCUUUUCAGCAGAGGAAUGAAACUUUCAGAAACGCUAUUGCUAAAGAAUAUGAAGACAUACCUGUUGAGGUUUCUAACGCUGAGCUUGGAAAGAGAGCACCGAGGUGGAUACGAGACAACGAAGUAACCAUGUGUAUGAAAUGCAAGGAGCCCUUUAAUGCACUGACAAGGAGAAGGCACCACUGCCGAGCAUGUGGACACGUGGUUUGCUGGAAAUGUUCUGAUUACAAGGCACAUCUCGAAUAUGAUGGCAAUAAAUUGAACAAAGUCUGUAAGGACUGCUAUCACGUUAUAAUUGGUUGUACAGACAGUGAAGAAAAGAAGAAGAAAGGCAUCUUGGAGAUUGAAUCUGCGGAAGUCUCUGGAAAUAGUGUCAUAUGUAGCUUUCUUCAGUACAUGGAAAAAUCAAAGCCCUGGCAGAAAGCGUGGUGUGUUAUACCUAAACAGGAGGCUCUUGUGCUGUACAUGUAUGGUGCUCCCCAGGAUGUUAAAGCUCUGGCUACAAUUCCACUUCUGGGCUAUACAGUAGAUGACACUCCAAGAAGUGCUGACCUCCCGCACAGCUUCAAACUGACCCAGUCUAAGUCUGUGCACAGCUUUGCUGCAGACAAUGAGGAACUAAAACAGAAAUGGCUAAAAGUUAUCCAUUUAGCUGUCAAAGGUGAGACACCAGAAUGUCAAAAUGAACUGCAAGUGAAUUUAGAAGAGCAACCUGAAUCUUCUAAAACAUCUGAAUGCUGAAGCUCAAGAACAUAUGGUAUUUUUAAAAGAUUUCAAUUGAAUUUGUGGUUAACCUUUGUGUUAACCUUUCUUUGCUCAAUCAAGAAAAAAAAAAGAAAAAAGAAAAAAAGAAACUUCUUACUACCGUACACAUCUUAGCACUUUAUGUUUGGGAAAAAUUCUGGUCUUUUUAGGGAUCUUUUUCUUAUAUUUAUGUUCUGCCAAUAAAAGUGAUGUACAGGUCCAUUUCAGAGAAUUUUUUAAAAAAAUGUGAAUGCUAUUAGAAAUACUUACUAACUUUACUGUACGACUUGUUUGUCAUGAUGCAAAUUUUUUUGAAAAUCCAGUUGCUCUUUGGUUAACAUUUGCUACUUUCAUUAAGAAUGCAAAUAUUGAAGCUUCCUACUUACACAUUAGGACUUGCAACAGGAUAAAAGAUAUACCUCCACAUUGCCAAAAUAGAUCUGUAGUUAAAUAUGCAGGGACAGUUUGGUUUAAUGUAUGUAGUUUAUAGAUUGAAUUCCACAGAUCUGUACAUAUGUUGUAUUCACUUGUCUCUUUUUAUUAAUGCAAAUUGCUUUCACAGGUAUAUUGGCUUUUAAAGUUUCAAUUUAUCAAGGAAUCAAUCUAAUAAUUUUCAAUCUAGAAAUGAAUACCUAAAAUAUGAGAAAAUAUAUAUGUACAGUAUUAAAAAUGUACAAUACUUGAUUUUUGCUUUGAUUUCAUGAUACUGGGUUCCUAUUAGUGGAUAAUUUAUUUAAAAAGCAUGUUUUCUAUUUGAAAUUAAACAGUCCUAAAUUAACAAAUACUGUUCAGUGAUUUGUUUUAAUAGCUGACAUUUAAUGAUCUUGAUAUUUUUAUGCAUUAAAAAAAUAGCAGUAAUGUAAGUGGCAUGCAAUGGACAAAUAAGUUCCAGUUGUGUUUAAAAGAGUAGUCACGUUUCUUCAGUGUCCUAUCACUGUUAUCUUUUAAGAGUGCAGUAGUUUGUUACUCAAAUGCAGUAUGUAGUUUGAGAAAACCAACAGAUUCUAGUAACCUAUUUGCUAUUAUAGUUAUUGGAACAAAAGAACAUUUUGAACUUAAAUCUUUUAAUUUUUGCAGAAGAUUAGAUACUGUAAUACUUAUUUAUGACAACAGUCUUCAAGGAUUAUUGUUGUAAAGUGGAGCCUGCUUUAUAUAAAUUGAGUAUGAGGUCUGAGCCUGCAAAUCUCAAGUUGCAUUAACUGACAUUAUUUGCAUUCAGCUUAUGGGAAUAAAGACUUGUUGGCCUUACAGUAUUAAGUCCCUUAUGAACUUCCAUUCCUAUUAGGGUUUUUAUACAUAGAAGCAAAUGACCUCCCUAAAAUUUUUCCAGUAACAUCCUUGGAUGAAAUGACAAAUUCAGAGGUAAUGAUUGACUAUCAAGUAGACAAUUAAAAUCAUUCCUAUCUUUCCUUCUCUGACCCCUUAAAGGAAGGAAAAUGUGUAGCUUCUACAAUCAACUUGGCAUAAGAACAUUCAGGAGUCUUAUUGCUCAACAUAACUGCAAUCUAUUUUAAAUCAUGUCAAGCUGAAGAGCUCAGGUUCAAGUCCAGUUUUGUUAGCAGCAGGAGGGCAGAGUUAAAUUGUUGCUUUUUUAUAAUGAGCUUUCCAAACAAAGUAUUCACUGAACUCCCACUCCCACUUUACUCUUUGUGUGACACUACAGGGGAAAAACAAAAACAAACCUCAUUUAACAUUUAACAAGGGAUUGUUAAAGUAACCUCUGUUUUUAGUGUCAGGCAUACAUGAGUACGUAGUGUCUAUCGUUCUUUGGUAAGAAGAAUGUCAUGCAACUUAAUGUUAGUGGGCUGGAUUUUGCUCUCACCUCCACAAAUCCAAAAUCUACCAUGGACUUCAGACUUCUAAGCUUUACGCUAGUGUUAGUAAAUACCAGGACGUGGCAUUGUAGAGCACUAACUCUACAACUGACUUUGUGCAUGUCAGUUCUCAGUUCUUCCUCGGGUGCUCCAUGUGUCCAGAUUAUUCUGCAUGUAACCCUAGUAUUACUUUUAUCUGAUGUGCAAGCUCUUCUGUAAUUCUAUAAGAGAUUUUAAGUUACUUCUACUGUCAGCUGUAUUUACCUUUAGUUAUGGGCAGCUCAAGCCCAUUUUGAUUCACAUUGGUGAGUACCAUCAAAUCUUCACCAAGGUCUCUCUAGCUAGUACGUGUUGUCUUGUGUAUACCUUGGCGAGGGAUGAGGGAACAUUCAGGUAAGCAAGAAGAACUCUCCAUGGCUAACUUUCUUUCAUGGUCAUCUCCUGAAAGUGGGUAUCUUCUAAAAAAGUCUCAGUUGCAAUUGUGGGAUCUGGAGAGUCGUCUUACCGCACCCCAAUGUAUAAAAACAUUGUUUCGCAUGCUCAAGUCGUUGAGUGUAAGGGGAGAAGUUGUCAUAAAGGAGUUCCCAGAUAAGACGGACUGAGCUGUACAGAAAAUAAUGAUGGUGUGACUGUAUUCAUGUAGUACGUUCUAUUUUCUAAGCUCCUGCAAACUUAAUUCUGUGCCAAGUAGGAAGACCUAUUCCAGCUAAAUGAUUAGGGAAAUGAUGAGAAGCAGCAAUUUCUGGGCUGCCUUAUUGUUAUAGUGGUAUUGAGUAGCUGAAGCUGCUUGAAUGGUUUCAGUAUCUCCCAGACGAAGCCCUGCAUUUGGGCAUAAACAAUUUGAAACAAAGUUAGCAUUGGGAGUUAUUUAUUUGGAUGUUAGCCUCAUGUUUGCUCUCAGCCAUUAAAGUUUUUAUAGCACGGGAUAUUUUAUUGACCCUAGUGAAACCUAUUUCAUGUUCUCAGAAUCAAUUGCCUGGUCAGAAUUGUUCUCUUCUGAGUCAGAAUGUCUUGGCACUCAAAUGUAUGGUUCUGUGUGUAUUUUGUAGGAAAAGUAUGUACCACCAAUAUUAAAGGAGAUCAGAAGAUGGAGAAGUUGCUUCUAGAUUUAACCACCCUAACUGUUUUACUCCAUUCUCCACAGACAAGCCCUCCUAUAGCAUCCAAAACUUUAAAUUGUAAAUUAUGACUGCAGAGGAACAAACUCAAAGUAGUAACUGCUGUGGCUUAAGUAUCAUGAUGAAAGCAGUCAAAUUAAAACCAUCAUUCUAACAAGGUAUAGGGUGUUCCCACUUCAGCUGUUAAAUUCUUUAAAAAAAAAAAAAAGGCGUUACAUUUAUUAGCACAAAGCUGUGUGUGUAAGGAAUAAACUAUAACUGAGCCUUCAUUCAUAAUACAUGAAUGUAUGUGAAUGGCUCUGCUGAAUUAUUUAAGCUUUGCAAUUCUUGUGUUCAAGAAAUGCUUGUUUCUCACUUUAAAAGUGAUCAGUCUUCUGUGCAAUUUAAAGCAGACCAAAAGUUAUCUUGUGCGUUUUUAUCUGCGUUCAACCAGAACAAUGGCUUAAUUUUAUCAUGAAUAUGUUUUGAACAUACUAAUAUAUUUUUCAAAAUGACUUAAUAUUUUUCCCCUAUCAUGGAAAAAUAGUGUAUCAUGAUAUCUGCAUGUCUGCACCAUUCUUCCAAAUUCUCUAAAAAUUGUUUUCUGGUAUUGGGUACUCCUGCUUGGUUGAAGAUCUGCUGUAAAACCUAUAGCAUCUACUACUUUCAAAUCCCUUUACACUGAGUAGUUUUGUUUAUUCCAAAAUGUAUUUAAUUUUUAUGUGCAAAGUAGACACUGAGAAUACAAAACAUUCUCUUCUAUUUGGAGUAGAAUAUUAAACCACUUUAAUGCAUGUAAUAUAUAGUGGCACCUUUUUAUGCAAAACCAUCUCAAAGUGCUUUAUAAAUCUCCUCAAAGAUUCUAAAUCCGUUUCAUAGAAAAGAGGAUUUUUAUUCUUCAUAUUUUUAAAUUACGGAUGUCGCCAAGGCACUGAUUAAAUGUAGAAUAAAUACACUACCACCUGAGUAAAUUUUAGAUGAGGUUACAGAAUUGCACUCUAAAGAGUUCCAAGUGGAGUCAGGAGGAAAAAAAAAUAAUAUAUAUGUAUAUAUAAAAAUAAGUGGGAAAGAUGUGGAAACGCUUGACAGGUUCUUUGGGUUUUGUUGGUUUGCUGGGUUUUUUUUAAACCUACAUCACCACAUAGCUAGUAUAAAAACUGGUCAGCUUUUCAUUUCAAGACAAGAUUAAAUAAAAUGAACAGAGGGUAGUGGUUCUUUUUACUGAAGGAAAGGCUUUCAGGAAAGAAAUAAACAUUCCAUGUAGAAAUAAUUCUAAGCAAUAAAAAAGGAGCUUUCUCCAUAAAUUUAUUUCGAGAUCUUUAGCUGGUGUAAACUAGCAUAGACCUGCUGGAGCUAUUACACCUUCAGUGACUUAAAUUCAUGUAGAAUCUGCCUUACAUUAUAUGAAGAUACUUGUGGAAAAUCAAGAUUUCACCAGUUUGAGCGCUGCUGACUUACUAUGUCUCAUCUGGAAUCACAGUGCUCAGUUGAACUCCAGAUGGGUUUCAGCUGGAGAUAACUGAUGUAGGGAUGAAUGUAAACAGCUGGAAAUACAUAUCCAAAAAAAAAAAAAAGAUUGGAGAAGAGAAAUAAUUUUGUGGCAGAAUUGACUACCCUCAAGAUAAAUCUAUUGGUGAAAUGGGCAUCAUUCUUAGUCUGUGGUGUACUGUUAUUUGAAAUCUGAAAUGAAAUGUGUGGAGUUACAUUUUUUUUCUCCAGUCUGUGGCCCUGUUGGUAUGAGGAAUUUACCUAGCUAGUUCUGACCCAUGGGACUGUAGUGAAGUAUGUUCCUUGCAUAGGAGUUUUAAUCUGCUGUUUCCUAAAUCCUUGUCCUUUAAUAGAACAUAAUGUUAACUUAAUGAUUGUAUAUGUGUGUAUAUAUACACAUAUGCAUAUGUAUGUGUGUGUAUAUGUAUAUAUGUGUAUUUAUAUAUUUGAGACUAUUAUUCAGAUGACCUGUUUUCAAGCAGUAUUUUACAAUCAAAAAAUACACUGUGCUGCAUUCAGAAUAUAAUGUAUAGUGACUGUGUUGAGUAAGCUUUUCAGAAGAAAUAAUCAACAGAAGUAGAUCUACUUUUGUGGCAUGUUUACUAUUUCAGCCUAAUUUAAAAAAAAACAAACAAACAACCAAACACGCUCAAUUCAGUAAGACAUUCAAUCUGCUUCCUUUAAAACCUCAUGAUUAAAUUCCUCCCAGACUCAACUAUGGCAUUUUGCUUUCACCCCUUCCUCUUCCUAGCACAAGUGAAUGUAGAAUGUGGUUUUUCUGUACUAAAAUCUUCAGGCAGAUUUCUUUGAAUAAAACAUGUUUUCAGCCACUGCAUAACACCAGCCUACUUCAGUUUAUAGUGCAUCCUUGUAGAUCCAUUAACUAUUUAUGGUGAAAACAUUCAGAAAGGGGGAACUAUAUCAAAGUAUUUUUGCAUGUAUGUGCCCCAGUAUUUUUAAGAAAGAAGCUAAAUUUGUUGCAUAUAGGGAACAGUUUGCAAUAGAAGUAUUGGGUUUUUUCUAUUAGCAUGUUUUCUAUUCUGCAGCCCUCAAGGCAGAUUAAUACAUUAAUUUUAAUAGGAGCUGGAUCAGAUGUAAUGUUUGACAUCAGAAUUACAGGCUAUACAUGUUAAUUCCCCUUCAUUAUGGAAACAUUUCUGGGUUUAAUUGCAAAAACGCUUUUUAAAAAAAAUACUAAUAUUUGGAAGAGGUGUAAAUUUGUUCUGGUUUUGCAAUAAAGUGAGGAAUAUUAAAAAGGUGAAAUAUAAAUGCCGUUGUAAGUUGUGCAAAUGUAAGUGGUCAUUUUUAUGGUCAAGAAAUAUAUGAAUGUAAAAAAUUUUCAGAUAUUGUAUAUAUUUUCUGUAAUAUAUGUAUAUUUGGUCAUACGGUGGGUGGAGAAUUGUAAAAAUUAAGCACUUUAAUUCCUGUUGAGUACUUAAAAAGAAAAUAAAUUUGUAUCCUGUAAAAUAAAAGCAUCAUUAAAUAAGUA